AGCCUCAGAGAGUUUAUCCUGGGCUCGCCGCUUGUUGCGUCGAGUGUCCAACACACACACACAGGACGCCCCUUGAGCACCCAACUUGCCCUUCUGAUCCAUCAGCGAUCAGCUUGUCCGAAUCCAAAGGACCAUGGCGCCCAAUUCGGUCCGCUACGAGGGCGAGGCUCAUCCGCGCACUCUUUACGACAAGAUUUGGGCGGACCACUUGGUGCAUGAGGCUGAUGGCGUCAGCCUCAUCUACAUUGAUCGUCAUUUGGUUCACGAGGUCACCAGCCCCCAGGCUUUUGAAGGCCUACGCAUGAGCAGCAGGGAGGUCCGGCGCACGGACUGUACCUUGGCCACAGUGGACCACAACAUCCCAACCUCAAGUAGGAAGAACUUCAAGGAUACAAAAAGCUUUAUUGCUGAAGCUGACUCUCGCACCCAGGUUGUCACGCUGGAACAGAAUGUGCAAGAGUUUGGUCUUACCUAUUUUGGGAUGGAGGACAAGCGCCAGGGGAUUGUCCAUGUGAUUGGUCCAGAACAGGGGUUUACGCUUCCUGGUACCACAGUCGUUUGUGGCGACAGCCAUACUUCAACACAUGGCGCCUUUGGAGCUUUGGCUUUUGGAAUUGGAACAUCAGAGGUGGAGCACGUGCUUGCAACCCAAACGCUGCUUAUGAAGAAAGCCAAAAAUAUGCGAAUCAAAGUAUCCGGGAAGCUGGCUGAGGGAGUCACUUCCAAGGAUGUGAUCCUUCACAUUAUCGGCAUCAUUGGCACCGCUGGUGGAACGGGAUGUGUGGUCGAAUUUUGUGGAGAUGUGUUUGAGAACAUGUCAAUGGAGGCGAGGAUGUCUGUUUGCAACAUGACUAUUGAGGCAGGUGCCAGGGCAGGCAUGGUUGCACCAGAUGAGACAACCUUCAACUACCUCAAAGGAAGGCCCCUUUGCCCAAAAGGUAAGGACUGGGACAAGGCGGUGGAAUAUUGGAAGAGCCUUCGUACAGACAAGGGAGCAAAGUUUGACAAAGACAUUCACAUUGAUGCGGCCGACAUUGCACCAACUGUCACUUGGGGUACAAGCCCUGAAGAUGUUGUCCCCAUCACUGGAAUUGUGCCGGACCCGAGUCAGGCAACCGAUGAGACCAAGAGGACUGGAAUGCUCCGGGCUCUUCAAUACAUGGGCUUAGAACCUGGCACAAAGAUGCAGGAUAUCACGAUCCAAAAGGUGUUUAUUGGAUCGUGCACCAACAGCCGAAUCGAGGACAUGCGCAGCGUUGCUUCGGUCGUCAAGGGCAAGAAGGUGUCUUCUGGGGUUGAAGCUAUGAUUGUGCCCGGAUCCGGUUUGGUCAAGAAGCAGGCUGAAGCUGAAGGCCUUGACAAGAUCUUCACUGAGGCAGGUUUCGAUUGGCGUGAGCCUGGCUGUUCUAUGUGUUUGGGCAUGAAUCCGGAUCGCUUGAAGCCACAGGAACGCUGUGCUGCUACUUCAAAUCGAAAUUUCGAGGGAAGACAGGGACCACAAGGCCGCACCCAUUUGAUGAGCCCAGCAAUGGCAGCCGCUGCUGCCAUUGCUGGCAAACUCAAGGACGUGCGAGAGCUUCUUCCCGAGAUGCAGGCAACGAAUGGCAAGAUGGCGGAGCCAACAAAGUCGAUGGACUUCUAUUCAGAGCCCAUUGAUUGGACAGCUCCAAAGGAGGUUCAAGAACCUCCUUCUGAGGGUGUUGCGGCUCCUACUUCAGCUGGCAUGCCACAAUUUACAAGUCUGGAUGAUGUUGUUGCUUGUCCGCUCAAGAAGGCGAACGUAGACACCGACUGCAUCAUUCCGAAGCAAUUUUUGAAAACCAUACAAAGGACAGGGUUGGGAAAGGCAGCCUUUUUCGAACUGAGGUAUGAGGACGAUGGUGUGACAGAGCGACAGGAUUUUGUUUUGAACCAGGAGCCAUACAGAUCAGCAUCAGUGCUGAUAGCAGGAGAUAAUUUUGGUUGUGGGUCAUCAAGAGAGCAUGCGCCUUGGGCGUUGAAUGACCAGGGCAUCCGGUGCAUCAUCGCUCCUAGCUUUGCAGAUAUUUUCUUCAACAACUGCUUCAAGAAUGGCAUGCUGCCGAUUGCUAUCACGAAGGACAUAGUUGAAGAACUUUGGACCCAUGCGGAGGCUAAGAAGAAGCUCACGGUUGACUUGACCAAACAAGAAAUCAGGAGAGAAGGCUGCGAGGCCAUCCUCUUUGAAGUUGAUCCAUUCAGAAGGCAUUGCCUUCUCAAUGGAUUGGAUGAUAUUGGCCUCACCCUGCAGAAAGCAGAGCACAUCGACAGCUUCGAGGCUAGACGAAGCUCGACUUUCCCCUGGCUGGAUGGGCCAAGAUACUCCCGGAUGAAAGCAGAAGUUCGCAUCAGCACUGCGAAGUCAUCAUCCUUUUACACGCGGGUGGCGAAGGGCUUUUUGGGCGGCUUGCCAGCUUCUGAUGACCGGCCAGAACGUCCUCCAGCAGCACAGCUCAUCUUGUCUGCGACCGGCAAUGCCAUCGAACGUGCUGUUCGUGUGGCACAAGAUCUGAAGGAAGAGGGUGAUGCUGAGAUCAUUCGCAUACGGACUCAAACUGUCGCAGGAUCGAACCAGGGCGGACAAGUACCCCAGGUUCUUAUCACAGUGAAGGCAAAAUCGAAGCCACAUGCUGUGCCUGUGAUGGUAGCUAGUAAAGGCGGUGCGAAAGAAGGCAGCAAUGGAAAGCAAGGAACUGAUUGGUAGAGUCGCCCGAUACUCCGGCAGAGUUACGAGAGAACCGUAAUUGACACAAGUCUUACAUGCUUAGGCAGAUUUGUAUUUUGCAUUUCCGCCAGGAAUUCAGUCCUACCUUGCACCGUUGCAUCGCUUUUCACCAAGUGAAGAAUGUAGGCGUUAAAUCAUUUUGAAGAUUUUGUUUUUUUCUGCCUGUCCUUUUCAAGGGGGCAGUGAGAGGGUUUCUUAUUUGCAAGCCUGCAGC